AAUGCCCCACUCCCUAAGUAAACUUGGCAUCUAACUUUUCUUGCAACCCCUUACACUGUGGAAAUGAAGUGCCUACUUUAACCUAAAAAGCAAUGCUAUUCAGAUCUUCAGCAAAUAAUAAAUGGCCUCUUUAACUAGUGAGGGAAGGAAGACUGGUUUAUUACAACAUUGGCCUUUGGAGUCUCACAUCUCCAGCAUGCUGGAGGAGAUGACCAAGAUUCGUCAGCCCACCUGCAGGAUUCUGCCACUCUCAUGGAUUGUCCUGAAGCCGGGAAAGGACAGCUACCCAGCAGUGUGCCUGACCCCUUAUCACAGUUUACGGGAAGUGCUGCAGUUGAAGCUCCAGCAGCGCCGGACCCGGGAGGAACUGGUGAGCCAAGGGAUCAUGCCACCUUUGAAAAGUCCAGCUGCAUUUCAUGAGCAGAGAAGGAGCUUGGAGCGGGCCAGGACAGAGGACUAUCUCAAACGGAAAAUUCGUUCCCGGCCAGAGAGAUCGGAGCUGGUCAGAAUGCACAUUUUGGAAGAGACCUCGGCCGAGCCUUCCCUCCAGGCCAAGCAGCUGAAGCUGAAGAGAGCCAGACUAGCUGAUGACCUCAAUGAGAAGAUUGCACAGAGGCCUGGUCCCAUGGAGCUGGUGGAGAAGAACAUCCUACCUGUGGAGUCCAGCUUGAAGGAAGCCAUCAUUGUGGGCCAGGUGAAUUAUCCGAAAGUGGCAGACAGCUCUUCAUUUGAUGAGGACAGCAGUGACGCCUUAUCCCCUGAGCAGCCUGCCAGCCAUGAGUCCCAGGGUUCAGUGCCAUCACCCCUGGAGGCCCGAGCCAGCGAAUCACUGCCCAGUGCCACCUCUGCAUCUCCCACUCAGGUUGUAUCUCAGCUCCCGAUGGGCCCAGAUUCUGGAGAAAUGCUCUUCCUGGCAGAGCCACCUCUGCCUGCCCCGCCGCUGCUGUCUCCCAGCCUCACCAACGGAACUGCCAUCCCCACAACCAAGCCCCCUCCCACGCUCAUCAAGCAAAGCCAACCCAAGUCUGCCAGUGAGAAGUCACAGCGCAGCAAGAAGGCCAAGGAGCUGAAGCCAAAGGUGAAAAAACUCAAGUAUCAUCAGUACAUCCCCCCGGACCAAAAGCAGGACAAGGGGGCCCCCCCCAUGGACUCCUCCUAUGCCAAGAUCCUGCAGCAGCAGCAGCUCUUCCUCCAGCUCCAGAUCCUCAACCAGCAGCAGCAGCAGCACUAUAACUACCAGACCAUCCUGCCCGCCCCACCAAAGCCGGCAGGUGAAGCUAUGGGAAGCAGCGGAGCUCCCCCAGCACGCAGUCUCUCCACCACCAAUAGCAGCUCCAGCUCGGGUGUCCCUGGGCCCAGUGGGCUGGCUCGUCAGAACAGCACCUCAAUGACUGGCAAGCCGGGAGCCCUGCCAGCCAACCUCGAUGACAUGAAGGUGGCAGAGCUGAAGCAGGAGCUGAAGUUGAGGUCACUGCCCGUCUCAGGCACCAAGACAGAGCUGAUUGAGCGCCUGCGUGCCUAUCAAGACCAAGUCAGCCCUGCCCAGGGAGCCCCCAAGGCGCCUGCCACUACCUCUCUCCUGCCGAAGGCUGGUGAAGUGGUGGUGGCCUUUCCGGCAGCCCGGCUGAGCACGGGGCCAGCCCUGGUGGCAGCAGGCCUGGCACCAACUGAGGUAGUGGUGGCCACGGUGACCAGCAAUGGAGUGGUGAAAUUUGGUAGCACGGGCUCCACACCCCCCGUGUCUCCCACCCCCUCAGAGCGUUCACUGCUCAGUACGGGUGACGAGAACUCCACGCCUGGGGACACCUUUGGUGAGAUGGUGACGUCCCCCCUGACACAGCUCACCCUGCAGGCCUCACCACUGCAGAUCCUCGUGAAGGAGGAGGGACCCCGGGCUGGGUCUUGCUGCCUGAGCCCUGGGGUGCGGGCAGAGCUGGAGGGCCGUGACAAGGACCAGAUGCUGCAGGAGAAGGACAAGCAGAUUGAGGAGCUGACCCGCAUGCUCCGGCAGAAGCAGCAGCUGGUAGAGCGACUCAGGCUGCAGCUGGAGCAGGAGAAGCGGGCCCAGCAGCCCACCCCAGUGAAGCAAGAGGACAGCUUCUCCAGCUGCCAGCUGAGCCGACAGCCCCCUGGCCCCGCUCACCUCUUCAGCCCUCACCCAGCAGACCCCACUGCCAACCACGUAGACACGUGUGUCCAGGCCCUGGGCCCCCCAGCUGUGGUGGUAAAGCAGGAAGCCGUGCCGCCCGGGCCAGCCCCUGCCCCCCAGCUGCUUCAAGGCCCCGGCCUCAUCAACGGGGUCACACCUCCCACCAUCAUCACUGGCUCCACAGGGACCCACCUCGUCCUCACCGUGACCAAUAAGAAUGCAGACAGCCCUGGCCUGCCGAGUGGGAGCCCCCAGCAGCCCUUGUCCCAGCCUGGCUCUCCAGCUCCCGGCCCACCCACCCAGAUGGACCUGGAGCACCCUCCGCAGCCCCUGUUUGGGACACCCACUGCUCUGCUGAAGAAGGAGCCGCCUGGCUAUGAGGAAGCCGUGAAGCAGCCGCCCAAGCAGCAGGAAAAUGGUUCCUCAAGCCAACAGAUGGACGACCUGUUUGACAUUCUUAUUCAGAGUGGAGAAAUUUCAGCAGAUUUCAAGGAGACACCAUCCCUGCCAGGGAAGGAGAAGCCACCCUCAACAGCAGCGCGCGGGUCCCCCCUGGCUGCACAGCCCUCGCCCUCCGCUGAGCUCCCCCAGGCUGCCCUGCCUCCGCCAGGCUCGCCCUCCCUCCCUGGGCGCCUGGAGGACUUCCUGGAGAGCAGCACAGGGCUGCCCUUGCUGACUGGUGGGCAUGAAGGGCCAGAGCCCCUUUCCCUCAUUGACGACCUCCACAGCCAGAUGCUGAGCAGUUCUGCCAUUCUGGACCAUCCCCCCUCACCCAUGGACACCUCAGAACUGCACUUUGCCCCAGAGCCCAGCAGCAACAUGGGCCUGGACCUGGCUGAUGGCCACCUGGACAGCAUGGACUGGCUGGAGCUAUCAUCAGGUGGGCCUGUGCUGAGCUUGGCCCCCCUCAGCACCACAGCCCCCAGCCUCUUCUCCACAGACUUCCUCGAUGGCCAUGACUUGCAGCUACAUUGGGAUUCCUGCUUGUAGCUCUCUGGCUUUAGAGACGGUUGGGGAAGGGGCUGGAAGUUGGGGAGCCACAGAACUUCAAUGAGCGUGGCUCUUUCCUGCUUCAUUCGGUCUCUCCAUGUGGUUGUGAGUCUUGACAAUCACAGUCGCUGCUGCUUCCCUACUCUGGGAGGCUGGAGCAGAGGGACUCCUACUCCUAGCUCUGGGAUUCACACCAGGGUUUUGGAGGCCUGGCCAGGGCCAUUUCAAUUCGACCUCCUUUUUUGAGGUCAGAGGUGCAGUUUGGCUAGCAGGCAAGGCCCAGGCAGGAGACUCCUCUUCUGGCCCAGGACUGAGAUGGGUCAAGGGAUGAAUCUCCUUCCUUCUCCCUCUGCUGUGAGGGAGGAAACUAGCCUGUGCCCCUACCUCCCCGUUCCCUGUGUCAGCCCACCCGAGGGUCCCAAGGCUUCCUGGGGGGUGGGGCUCCCUGCCAUUUUAAUGUCUUGGUGUAGGGUAGCCAUUUAGUGGUUGAUGGCAAAAAUUUUCUGUACAGGUGUAUAUACCUCUAUAUUAUAUAUUGACAUACAUAUAUGUAUACAUCUAUUUUGGGGGGGUGGGCAGCUCCCUCCCUGUUCUCAUCUAUUCUCACAUACAGAGGGCCUGGGGGCUGAUGCAGGGUCACCCUGGCCUGUGUGCCACACAGUCCAGUGCCCAGCCUGGUGUGCAGCUGCCCAGGCCCUCUCAUCACGUGUGUUUGGCAUGUAGACGCCACAGCCUAUGCCCCACCUGCUUCCUGGCUCCUAUCAAUCAGUGCCAUGAGGGCAGAGGUGUUUUCUGGCCAUCUGGCAGGAGCCCUCCACCCACCCACAUUCCUUCCCCAUCACCUCACUGCAGCCAACGUGGCCCUGGGACAAGAGGGACCUCAGGCCCAGCCGCACCCUAUUAUUGGUGGCUGUGAAGCUGAGGUUGCCUCCUGGCCUAGUCACUCAUAAGGUAGUAGGGAUGGCAUCACCAAAACCAGUGCUGGGACAAAGGUGGGGAAGCUGUGUGAACUUUUUAAAAUAAAAACCAAAACACUG